AUUCUUUGUCUGUGGUGAAUACUAAAGAGUGAAAAAAACACUUUCAUUGUUGUUAGUUAUAUCAAGUUAUAUUUACAUUUUUUAAUUAUUUACUUGAACUUUAAAGAUUUUGAGUUUAUUUAAUAUCCAAGCUAUGAUACUUUGGAUACCGCUUUCCGUGAAUAAUCAAUAUGGGUGACUUCAAUGCAUCUGAUUGUUCUUGGAAAAAAAUGGUCAUUGCUAAGACAAACAACAAAUUAUGGACUUCCACAGUUAAAACUCAGCCAACAGAUCAAGAAAAGCCGAUGGUGCCGAUUACCAUUAAGGAAGAACUAUUGGAAGAAAAUCCAACGCAAUUUAAUGGAGUAGACGAUGAGGAUUCAUCACAAGAUCCACUUUCACUUUCUGCAAAACCAGUGCGAGUUAGUAGAAGAUCAUCGACACCAAAAAAUGAAACUCCUCAAGAUAGAGCAACUAGACUAGCUAAAAUGUCAGCGUAUGCUUCGCGGAGAUUGGCAAAUGAAAGUCCGGAACAGCGUGCUAUGCGGCUCAAACGUAUGUCGGAGUAUGCGGCGAAGCGACUAGCCACAGAGACAAGUGAACAGAGAGCAAACCGUUUGGCGAGAAUGUCAGCUUAUGCUGCCCGGCGACUCGCCAGUGAAACACCAGCUCAAAGAGAAGCAAGGCUCACAAGAAUGUCUGCAUAUGCCGCCCGUAGGCAUGCCAUGAAAAAAAUCUACUCUCAAACUACUGACAUCACAAUGGAUACUAAAAAUAUAAACAAUAAUCCCAAUAGCUAAAAAAGUCAUUCUAACAAAUUUAUUUUGAUUUGUAUAAAGUGUAUUUACAUUAUUAUAUACAUUAUAAUAUUACAAAUAUAAAUAAACAAUGCCUUAAUUCUAGUAAAAUAAAUACUUUAUUCUUAAAA